AUGACAACUUUUCCCGACGAUGUGGAGACCUUGCAGAAGCGGCUGCAGCUGAGUGAGGAGUGGAAUAUGCGACUGCAGAGUCAGAUUCAGGAGCUGCUGCGUCUUUCCCGCAGUGAGGUGGAGGCGAUGCGUGACAGAAUGCAGAAUCCCGACAUUGCCAUUCCGCUUCUGCAGUGCUACGAUGCCGCCAUUCUGGAGAAGCAGGAGGAAAAUGAAAAGCUGCAGCGAGAGAUGAGCAGGCUGAAGGCAAUGCUUGAGAAUACCACUAGUGAACUGGGGGAGGCACGUGAGGCUGUGCGUGUUGCGGAGGUGCAAUUAAAAGACUUGCGCAUGCAGGCCCAAGAGGAACGCAGCUGCCUGGAAGAGGCCAAACACGAGGUGGAUCGUGAGGCCGCACAGCUGCGACGAGAGUUGUCCCGCUCACUCGACGCAGAGGCAGCUCUGAAGCACGAGACGGAGCAACUGAAGCGAGAGCGGAGCGCGCUGCAGGGCGAUGCCGCGCAGAUUCAGCGGAAUACCGAAACACUGGAGGAGGAAGCGAAACACGCACAGUAUCGACUAAAGACAAUUGCAAGUGAAAAGGAGGAAACACAGCAGCAAGGGGAGCUGCAACGCAUUCAGCUUCAGCUGCUAAGCAAAGAGAACGAGGACAAGCUACAAGAGUUAGAGCGCCUAAGGAAUAGAAUGGUGCAGGCACUGCGUCAGGCCGCCGAUAACCACGUGGCGCAUCUCCGUGUCUUGGAGGAAAAGCACCGAGAGGCGAUGGAGGGGCUGCGCACACAGUUAACUACACAAGAGCUUGAGGUGCAGAAGCUGCGUGCACAGUUGGCCCGUGUGGAUGCAAGCGGCAAUGGCGGCCGUUACGCUUUGAACCUACGCACAACUACUGAGGUGUUGGAGGCGCAGACGAGACAAGCCCAGGAGAUGGAGCUGAAGCGUCUCUAUGGCGAGAUCUCGAACAUUCAACUUCAGCGAGACGACGCAUUGCUUCGAUACGAGCAACUUUCGAGUAGUUUGCGUCGCGAAGAGGCUGAUCGUCUUACUGAGGCGCAGCGGGAAACGCAGGCGGUGCGGCAGAAACUGCGUGAUCAGGAGCAAAAGUAUGAGCAGCUUGCAAAGGGGAACAGCCGUGUGAAGGAUGAACUCCGUGCGCUUCGAGAAAAGUACAAGAGCCAAACGGGAGACUUGCAGCGUGCCCGGCAGGAAAGGGAGGAAACCUUUAAGAAGAUGGAGGAACUGCGGCGCGCGCUGGCCACGGCUGAAGAGGCGUAUGAGCGGGUGCAGUCUGAGGCAAAGGAUGACACGGCGAAGGAGCGUCAGCGUGUGCGGGAGGUGGAGCAGCGCGUGGACGAGGUGCUGCGGGAGAUGCGGGCGUCGCGGGGCCGUGCCAACGCCGCGACAGUUGCGGUGGAGCGGCAGCGGGAUGAACUUCGCAAGCAACUCACGGAUUCGCAAGAGCGUUUGACGGCGGUGCAAGCGCGAUUGUCAGCGCGGGACCGCGAGGUGGAGGUGUUGGCAGCCAAAGCUGAACAUCUUCAGGAGGCCGUGCGGAUGAACCAAAAACAGGCGUUAUCGUGCGACGAACGUGUGCAGCAGCUCUUGGCGCAGGACGAGGAGAAAUCGCGGCAAUUGCGGGAGAUGACCUUGACGGUUGAGCGUCUCAAGCGGGAAGCCGCCCGCGUUGCACGAGCCCGUGAUAGACUUAUAGAGGACGUGAAUAUUCGAUUUUAA